AUGACUGUCCCCGGCGGUCAAAUCGAUCCUUCGGCUCGUCUGAAGGAGGCUAUGAUGAAAGAUGAGUCAGCCCGCACGUCUGUUACCCAGAAAACGCAGAAUGUGAGGCUAGCCAGGUAGGUUGGCCGUUGCUGGGUGUGGCAUGUGUCAACAGCAAACACACGGGCGUCGUGCUGUUCCUCCCGCGGACUGGAGAGAACAAAGGCGUCAGCAGCCCGCAUAACUGCUCAUCCGCCAAUUCCUUUUAGAAUGCCAGUCUCUCGCGUGCCAUCUCUCGUGAGCAGGCGAUCGGUGGGUGCAAUGUCUCCACCGACUGCCGGCCCAGCAUGUGCUGGCAGUGCCGCGUUUCGGGCCACGAGGCCUCGAUGGCGGCGGCGGCGGCGGCGGCAGCAGUGUUUCUCGAUGGCGGGCGGAAACGUCGGCUAACCUGCUGCUGCUGGCUGAGAUGGUGUUCCGUCUGAGUGCGGGGAUGUGCGCACGUGAUUACGACAGGCAAGUUCAGAGGGAAUGUGCUGUGCGUGAGUUGAGGCCUGAAUCAACCUGACAUGAAUGCGAUGUCGAAUGAUCACUGGUGCCGUCCUGGAAACUGCCACAUUGACAGCGGGGCAGCUGGCUUCCGGCUCUGCGUAUCUAGCAGAAGAUUCGUGGCGCGGGCGAUGACACCUGCGGCAAAGGCCAUAUCGAUGCCGGGAUAUCUAAUCACGUUCUGAUAGCGUCCAUCGCAUGUGGAGUUUGGAGUCGGGCCCUGUAAGAUUGUGUCUCCAAUUCGCAAAUGAUUUACCACAAUAAAAGUAAUUGUCAGAUGGAGUAGAGUUGGUUACCCCAGUUGACCUCCCUAAUGCCUAUAAGAGAUCUCCCAUCGCUGCCUAUAAGAUCCACAGCAACACAGACCAGCAUUCAAGUGAAUAAUUCCAGAAAUUAUUCAGUGCAGGACGCGGAGUUAAGUCUCCGGGACAUGACUUUUUAGGGUCAGAACCGAAAUCUCAAUGAAUAUUCGAGUCGAAGACAAUCGACUACUGUGGAAUAACCACUUAGUGUCCAUUCUAUAAACAAGUAGUACUACUAGUAGUAUGACAUAUGUGUGACAAACGUAUUAUACCGUACUCGGACAUAAGUACUAACCAAGAGCCCAUUCACAUACACGCAUAGGCGCUAAAAUCAGCGCGAACAAAUGCACACACUGGGCCUGGAAACAGCAGCAGCCCGACGCACACACAUACACGCAAACAGAAGGGCUAUUGCGACCAGUUGACCACGCCACAUCCUUCGAGGACUGCAUAAGCAGCCGGGAGUACGGUAUAGUACGUUCGCCAGACUAGCAUUCAGUUAGCAAAACCCUGUCAACUAGCGACCAGAUCGCCCUAAACUGCCUGUUCUCACGAAGUUUGAUUGAAGUGGAGAUGGCGUUACCACUGAGGGCUAGCCGAUUUGCUGGGCUGAAAGUCACACCAAAUGUUGACCUGCGCCAGUGGGUUCUUUCACCCUGACCCCCUCCUGAUGCCCUACUCCCGUCUGGGACUCCAGGAAGUUUUACACGACAAUUCGACCGUCGAUUCCGACGACGUCCACCCCGUGCUGCACAGCAAGGCGCAGCAGGCACGGUGACUGGCCUACAUAGCACUGCGACCGCAGCCUGACAAGCGCUUCAACUGGCGACGAGAUUAGAUGAAGGGCAACCGGCGAGUCUCUUCACAGCCUGUGAAUACGUACGCAAGGCUUAGCGCGUCUUAAAAUAAGCGAAGGGUUAUCCGUGUUGUGGCGACCCUAGUCGUCGGGGUACUGCGCCAGGGUCAAUUUCCAGUCGUAUUGACCCGGUCUUGUCAGUGGAACUCAAUGAGUGUUGGGCGAGAGAGUGGUAUCGAUACUGUCAAGGCCUCUGCCGCUACAAAAAAAUCAGUACGCAACUCAUCGAUGUUUCUUCGGUGUAGGGAAGGACAUCGGUAAGAUGUCGUUAUGCAGUCCCAUCUGAUGAGCACAAUACUGUUGGGGUGGGGUUAGGAUUAGGGGUUAGGACAAACGCGCAUUCCCAAUAGCGUUUAUUUUGCAUACAACUACUUGGCCUCGUCGCCUGUGCGUUCUCCGGCCCCACCUGUAAAAACCCUUAUUACCACCAGUCCCGUAUUACAGGUGACUGAGGUUUGUUUACUUCAGGUGGGGCUACAUAACCACACCUGACCAGGACAUCGCUGGAAGGAGGGGUGAGGUCGAUAGAUCUGCCGAUGCAUACUGUUUGCAACUACUUCUGCGCUUAAAGCAACAUUCCCCAGCACUGUGAACUACCGUUUUUUCUGCUCCAACCAGCACCCAGCUCCCACUGAUACAGUUUUUUGCCCAACAGGAAUAAAAACAGCGGCAAAGAGAACAAGGUAAUAUACGGAUGUAUUCCUUGCCGCGACAACUGUCCACUCAGGUCCCCAAUCUCGUGGAGAAACAGGAUCACAAAUGCGUGCUUUUUAAAGUAAAAACCGUUAGCUUGGCCAAACCCCUACUUUCUACUUAAAAUCUUACAUCCUGGGAUAUUAACUUAUGCAGUCCCCAUCAGUACUUUGGCGGAAGAUCACCAGUAAUAAAUCAAUGAUGGUAAAAUGAGGCUUAAUUGAUGGGGCCUUAGAAACCCUACCGUUUCCUGAUCAGUUGUCCGGCCCUUCCGAAAGUGGGCAUGCGGACUUCUCCUUAGAAGACCGGGGGGGGGGGGGGGGGGUUAAAUUCAGCAUUACAUAAUACGUCGAAACCUACACCCUGCGUUAAAAUGAUUUUCUGGCUUGCUACAUAAUUUUCAAUCUUACCGUCUGCUCUUUUGGAAGGCUUCAUCCGAAUAACCCCUUCUACCACUAUUCUUGCAUUAGAAACGGUCUUGCAUCAAAAUGCUAGGACGAGGGGGUGUAUGUAUUAAUAGCUCACCUAAACCUCUAACCCAGAAAAAGACGAAAUCAACUCCUGAGGGACUGGCGACAUGCAUGUCUUACCAAGUACCACCGAGACUGUCUUUCUCAGGCGUCUCUUUAUCCUAGCCAAUCAGCUGUCUUUUAAAAGAUGCUCAGUCAUAUUUCGAGAUGCUGGGUCGAUGACUAAUUCGAGUGAGGAAAGAAGAGUGCCUGGAUGGGUAAUUUAUUAUUUUGAGUUUUCGGACUGAUUAUUGGAUCCACUGCCAGUGGUAAGCAGAGCUUGCACUUUCUUCGUCCUCCUCUUCAACGGGAGGACCUCCUGGGGAGCACAACUCAUUACCAAUUCAUGACUGCUAAGAUUGGAUAAGUUGGCGCAAAUGAAUGCUUAUACAGAUGGAUAUGUGGAUGGUUUAGUGGGAAUGCUAGUUGGUCGAAAAGACCAGUUGAAAUGAGGGGGCCGGGAGGAAAGGGAGGGAAACGGUGAGAUGGGGGGACCGCUGGAAGGGAGGGCAGGGGAUGACGUCCUGUUUGUCGGGCCGAUUACCUUCGAAUGUGGCUUUUCGCAAAGGUAAUCACAUUUUCAUCAACACUACUUCUCUAAUUGUUCCCACUGUUGCUUAUAAUUUCACCAAUAUUUGCGUGAGCAUUCUUUGACACUGAGAGGUAGAGAAAAAAACCGGCCGCAGUACAGUUUUAUUAACCAGAAGGAAUGCGAGAACCACCUGGAUUUUGCAAUAUUCACAACCUUGUCCUUUUCGAGUCUCCAGUCUUGUGAAAUUGAGUAGCCUUUGUCGACAAAGACAGGGAUACUAGGACCGCAAUUUCUGACUUAUUUGUCGUUAUCAACCAAUGUUAACCCAACCGAAGACUGCAUACCUGAGAUCUGAACCCCGGGUCAGUUGGUCAUCGUGCAAGGCCCGCACCACUAUGCCACACGAAGUGGCGUGCGCCGAUCUCUCCGGAUUUUACGACGGCCAUAGGCACUUCCGUCUUGCUUUGGAGUUGUUGGUCCAAAGUUUACGCAGGCGGUCAAAUGACGAUUAGCAAGCGGCAAUUGAGAUGUUUCUGAAACCUCUCAGAUGUCUUUUGCUUCUGUCUCAGAAUAGAGUUUUUCUCUGUCCAUGAAGUCUGACAUGCACAAUUUCCCUCUCCUUUUCAUUGUUAUCAGUGCAUAAUACUUCUUUGAGGAUUCACGCACGUGGGAAUCGCUCGGUGUGCGAUCGGGUUGCUGGGACAAGCUCAAGCGUGCGAUUCCAGUUGGUUUACAUCGGUAUACCUGCUGUCCGACAUUGAGAUAGUUUCUGAAAGUCGCUCCUGACAUCAAAUCGCUUCUUUUCGGGGUAUUGGAAGUCGAUUCAACCUCCCUUGAGGUGUACCACAAAUGCCUGAUGACUUCUGUUAAAAGUGAGACCUAGUUAACCACACUUCAAUGUAGGCAGUAAUUUAGAGUUUGUAACAGUGGAAGACAACAGCAGCAGAGAAGAUGAGUCGAUGGCCGGAAAAAGUAAUUGUGGCUGUGGGGGUUUUCGGAUCCGAGCAGCGGCCCAAUAUCAGUGGCAGCGAAGAAACAGCAACAAAUAUGGUGCUUUUUAUGGUUUCUCAUUGUGCUUCGACUGCACGCGUCCUUUGACGGGUGGCGCCAUCUGACGGUGUGGUGUACAGGGGGGGGCAGGUCGAUGUGCCGGUUUGCGAGGUUGCUUUCCGAAAUUCAGGGCUCCCACCUGGUUUUGUUACCGAUCUGCGCCAUUGUUCGUGCAGUCAAAUUCACAUGCCGGUCUGGACAGCGUCUUUGGGCAGUUGGCCACCCCCACUGAACCGCCCGUUUGCGCUUGUGUGUUGAUCCUCCAUGCGAUCCGACUGACGUGAACAGUCACGGCAUUGGAUUUGGCAAAUGACAAGAGACUGCUGACCUGCGUUCGGUGAACCCUUCAUCGACAUAAUUUCGAAUUUCGCUUCUGUUGACUCAGCCCCGGCACGGGUUUGUAGGGGUCGAACGAGUACAAUGAUUUAUUCGGUGUUUGGCCCACCUUCCUGUCAACAAGAAUCCAAGACUUGCAUUUUCGCCUCUGCUCAUGUAAAAGACAGUUGUUGUCAAAGGCCGUCCUCGUACAUUAGACAAUUGUUUAUGCCCAUACGAUCGCCGGGCGAAUGGGUUGAAUCUGCAACCGCACAUUUGACCUCUGCUCCAACCACUCAGGCGAUCGGAUCUCGCACCGGACGAUGUUUAUGUUUCAGACCGUUUGAUAUAACACUGCGCAGUCGGCAGCCGGAUAAUGAUGAUGAGAUGAAAGAUGUCGCUUCUGGGACAGCUGAAAUUCUUUAGUCAGUGGACCAGGAGAAUUAUGUGCUCUUAUUUAGUGUCUAGGGUAGGGCAUGGGCAUGUUUACCUACUAGAAUUAUCUUCCUACAAAGUGCCUUUUAAUGCAUUAAGGCAAGCACGCGACGCAAAUAUGGUUGUCGCCUUUAUUUAAGAACACUUCGUUUAAUCCUCUAAAAGACCCCCAUUAGUCCCGUUCCUGUAUUACCGGCGACUUUGCCAUGGUUAAGGGGGAGGGGAGAGGAAGAUACCUAUCCGUGUCGGCCGAGUUCAGAAAAGGCAAAAUUGAAAAGCCGGCUGGCUUUUUAAAUUGAGCCACCAUCCCCUUCCUCCCUUAACCCAUAAACUCCUCUCCGCCCUACCAUAAGAAAAUUUGUUGCUUGGCCAUUUGCAUUUUUUCUCUUGUUUAUUGGUGUUAAUUAGUGAUAUCGACUACGCCCAUGCGCGCUUGAAGUAAGUAAAACCCGUAUUUUCUCCCUGUUUUGGAAAGAGAUUAUUUUCUUGAAGAUUUCGUCCGUUUUAGGAUGAAAUCGUCACACUCACCCAACCUAAAUAGCCCCAAUAUUCUCUUUUGAAAAUAAACUCAAACCAGCCCUAAUUUUUGGUCUAAAACUUUAAAAAAGAAUUCGCAUUAGUCCAAGAGUCUGUAGGCCUUGGUUUCGGAGGAGAUUACUCAACUGGCAUCUGUUCCAGGUCACUUACGGAUCAUUAAAUCAAAUCUGUCCUACUUCUCCCCCAGCUCGAUUUGCUGACCCCAAGCCCAGAGUUCAGGUUUUUACAGUCAAACAUUAAGUGAGCAUGCGUUGCGUUCAGUGAACCUGUCUCUCACACUGCAUUUCGCGUCACCUCUUCCCGAUGCGCCUAUCUAACUGGUAUUUAUUUCAAACUAACGAUUUACCGAACACGUUCUGAACAAGAUGCUAGAUUUCACCCAACUUCCAAGUGUAGCCUCUGGGCGUCUCCACAGUUGCAUUCGGCUACCAACACCGAAGGGAUUUGUUUCCGCUCAUCGGCGCCGUUGGCACGAUGCAUCUAGGUUUUCCGUAUGUUCUUGCCUAUAGUCUUGUUAAGCCGAGCUGGUCGACGGGUCGACCCGUUGACACCCAAAUAGCGCCCCAGAGAUGACCUGCCAACGUUUUGCGCUGAUUUGGUGCAAAUCUCUCUCUCACAGUUACAUGCCUUUUCCUAGUCCGGAGUUAGCUGACGUCUCUACAGGCCGGAGGGCGGGGAGUGGGACGAAGUUCAGAUUCGAGAACACAGCACAGGAAGAAGCAGAUUUACUAGCGCCAGUCAGUCAGAUUUGGUCGCUUGGCCAGCCCGUGUUGGUAUGCCAUUCCUGUCUGAAUUCUCCAGCUACCUUCUAGAGUUAAAUAAUAAUUUUAAUUCUUUUUGCAAAGUUAGGAAUCCUAAUUAUCCUCAGUUUCCCAUGCUUUUCUGCAAAAUUGGAGGACAAAUAGUUUUACACAUGAAUGACUAUUCAUAGAAUUGUCUUCGGAAUUCUCCAAGGAAUGGUAGGAAUAUCGCAGGAGCAACCUACAACACCACUUCCGGGAACCUUAAUUAGGCUUUAGACUGUAAACCACUACUGUGUUUUCCAACUACGCAAACUGACACGCUUUUGCCCAUAAUUCGGAGAAGGAAGAAGAGUUUUUUGUCCACUAAGAAGGGCAUCCCACUUUCUACACUGUGUAACAUAGGCAUCCUUCUUGAUCACCGGAAUAUUAAGCGUCGCUUUUGCUCCAGCUAUUUACUUUUGUUUUACGGUCUCCGAAGGACAUACUAGCAGUAGGAAAUUAUGAUUAUGUUCGCAGGAAAAUAUUGUCCUUUCAGUUUCCCCGGUAGUCUGUGUCAGGAAACUUAUGGAGGCUGAGGUAUCAAACCCUCUAAACUGGCAAUAGGACCAAAAGCAAGGCUGGCUGCUUUUAGCAGUGUGGGGCCACGAGCCAACAACGACUAGAACUCGUUUCGCGCUGUCGAGUAAACAUGCCGGUGGGACUUAUGACUUGGUCAGUUUCCAGAGUCCUACUGUAGCGAAUCGCGUACCGGUCUCGUCCCGACGAUCGAUAUGACGCUUGUGUGUGUAUCAAUCGAAGGUACUUGGGGUUUGACACACUUGGGGACAUCAAAAUCCAACUAAUGUUCCCCUCUCUGUGGGCUUUUAGCACAGAGUCCUGUGUACUGUGCGAACUUAACUUUAUCGAACGUAUUAGUACAAAUGCAACUGACAGGACAAGUUUUGCUUAAAAAUGGGAAUGCCUUCAUUUUUUGGGAUAGAGGAUGGAGAGCAAUGGAUGAACUUGCGAGAUUGCAGGAAGAACAACUAUGUUGAGAAGGUAACAGACGGGAAGUUGUCAGCAAGAACCCAUUCUUGAAGUGAGUCAUCCAACACACAAAAACACUUUUUGAUAGGCAACAAAUGGGUGAAUAGGCGAUAAAAGGAAACUGGGAGAUUUCAGUCAUCGCCCCGACUUCCCCCAGGACGCCGGAUUGUUUAGGAACGUUUCUUGCAGUCCAACAGAGCAAUGCCUGGUGGAAGGAAUGCCGACAUGGAUGAGGUGGACUACUGGUCAUUUCCGGCUUAUUUAUUGUCACCAGGCCAUUACAGAGCAGUGCCUAGCCAGAAAGACCUAUAGUUUAGGUGUGGGCCCGGUUGGUUAAUGAGCGUACUGUCUCCUGUUCGCGGCUACCGUGCGUGAGAGUAUUGUGUUUGUUUCCCACUUUCAUCCUAUCCGCCGUCCAUACCAACGUCAACUGGACUAAUUAUUAGUUUUAAUCUGCAGAUUAUCCGUACUAAAUACAUCUUCUCACGGGAAGAAUUAUGUUAUAAACAUUCGAAUUCCUCCCUCAUCGAGUCGGUGGAGAACACAGGAGUUCCAGCCCGGCAACGGUAGGGUGGAGGAUCCUACAUCACUGUCGGUAGACUGUGGACCAUAUCAAAAAUUAAACAAAGAUUUUGAGUAAUGGUUUGGGAUAGUGGGAAGUAAUUGUUGUUCGCAGUAUAAUAUCUGCAACGGCCUACAAAUGGAUGUCAAGAUGAAACCCCAUACAACACGAUCCACAGUCAACCGACAGUCAAGUGGGGUCCCUUACCCUACCGGUGCCGGAUAAAAAUGAAACUAUGCCUUAAUUUAGAUGAUUAUUGCAGUGAUCUCAGUGUUUUUCUUUUUUUACUAAACGGGAUAAAUGCGUGCUUCAUUCAAACAAUAUGGGGACGUUGAAUAUGCAAUAAUCCGGCAACGGUAGGAGGUUUUGUCUUGGUAUCCAUGCGUAGGCCGUUGCAGACAUUACAGUGCAAACAACAAUUAUUUCCCAUGAUCUCGAACCAUUAGUCAAACUCUCCUAGUUUUCGAAACUUGCUCUUUUUGUUUUUUCUUGCACUUCGUCAGCCUACCGCCUGGCGCACUGCCCCACCCGUAAAACCCACAUUAUCAUUAUUCCCGUAUGACAUGAUACUCAGACUACCGACAGUGAUGUGGGGUCCUUCAUCCCUCCGUUGCCGUCGUUGAGUAGCGAGUGUGCCUCAAUAAGGGGGCCUUCAGCCGUGCGGUUGCAGUGGAGAAAAUCUUGAAAUCAUCAGUGUCCAUCUGGUGUCGCUAAAUUGUAGCCCGAAGGAGUGAGAAGUCAGGUUCUCCGUUGCAGUUUUUAAACCGGAACUGUGCCAUGGAACCGAAGGGGAUUGGCAGACUGAAGGUGACCAAAGGAAGGCCAUAUCUCUGACGUCAGCACUCCUGCUCAAACUCGCGCUCUAUUAACCACUGCCGAUCUGCGCGGUCGGUUGACGCCUUACUGCUGUUCUUUCAAACUCCAGGAAACGCAAUUAAUAAUUCCGUGGUUGAAGUCUCCCCAACAGGAAUUAGAAAGGAAGUACUGAUCGACUGAUGUCUUUUUACGGGAAGUAGCAUUUCCUGUAGCCUACUUUCUGCCCACAUUCUCAGUCCAAAGAAGGAAAUGUGGACGGAUGAAACUACUUAAUUAAUAGUUUCUCAGAAUGAUAUGUAUUCCAUGCAAGCUUGGAAUCAGAAUGUAAUGCAUGUCAAGACAGUGAUUAUAAUGUACAGGGGCAGUAUUCAGCAACGGUUUGAAAUACACCCUUACCAACUGAGCAUUACACUGAAAGUCUUGGGAGGCGGAGGAGGAGGAGUGUUCCCGUAAACGCCCAGUUUUAACACCGCCUCAUGAUGACGUACCUGACUGAACUCUUUUUUUCCUCCGUAUUUCCGACCCCAACAUCCCACCUUCUCUUCCUUCGUCCCUCCCCCCCCCCCAGUGCCUAGUCCUCAGGACCUUUUCUGUGGGACUGUAGUAUUUCCUGUCAAAACGAAAUGUACUAACUAGGAUGUUGGGGUAGGCUAAGAGAGAGUGCUUUAGCUUGACUGUGAAAAGUUAAGGCUUUGAGUCGGAGCUUCGUAGCUCAGGCGGUAAGAGCAUUUGCUGUACUAAGACUUUGCUGGGGGUUCGAAUCCCACGGGGCCGCCGAGUUUUUCACAAGUGGAUAGUCAUCUAGAAUAAAUCAAAUCUGCGAAACCGCAAACGAAGGUUUGUUUUCUUGAAGCGUUCUACUUGGGUGGCCUUUUUGACCCUGUAUGGUCGGUCAGUCAGUCAACCUCAGAGCCCGGAAGUCGAAUAAUUCCGUCUGUCUGGCCUGCUUUUUCUCGGACCUCCAGUCUGUCACACCCACUGAAUUAACAAAACGACUAGCGGGGAUGCAGAACGAACAUAAGCAGAGAAAAGAGAGACUAGGAUUUUCAUUUCUGGCUUAUUAGCCGUCGUCAGCCGGUCAUACUCAACCCAAGAUUUUUGCAGGAUCUCGGAUUCCCACCUGGAUUCCCUGGUCAUUGAGUGCUUUUACAUUCAACAUUCUACUAAUGAGCCACAGGCCGGUUGUCCUGUCGGCUGUGCUCGACCUAUGGCACAUUAAUUCUUUCUUUUCUUUGGCACCCCUAAUCCCACAUCCUGCCGUUAGUUACUGCAAUAUCCGAAUGGUACAUGAGUACCUCCCUAACACUGGGCAAAAUGCCUUAACCGAGUGAGGACUUUUCGGUAGUCUUUUGUAGAAUAAUUUUAAACUGCAAUUUUAUCCGCCCUUAGGGCUGAGCAGGGAAAAAAGGGAUACGCCCACAGCCCUGGAGUUAAAAUAACCACGGAAACAUAGAAACUUUCAAUUCUGUGUAGAAAUAUUUCAAGGAAGAAGUAGUGAUUUGCUGGAUGUAUGAAUCUUUUGGUUUGGCACCGGACCUCCGCCUGAUUGCGCCAGAAUUGCCAAAAGUCGCGUUGUAAGUUGGACAGAAAGCGACUGGAUCUCCCAACACUAUUACUUCCUCUGCUGUUGUUAAAAUACUAUUGUCACAAUUUCCGCCUUUCUUCCGCUAUUAAUACUCGUUUAUCAUGGAAAUUAGGACCACUUUAUCCACGGGAUUACCAUUGCCAUCAUAAUUAAUAUUGAUUGCACAACAAUUUUCAUGACUGUCUAUACGUUUGCUAGCAUUUUUGCCUUUGUAAUAUUGAUUCGGUUAGGUUUACCGAUAUUUCUGUGAGAGCUAGGACAAAACAAGGAAAAUCAUCGGCUGUUAGCGCCAUUAAUGUCGUUGCUGUUUACUUAAUGGCUCACAUUUCGCGUACAGUGCCCCAAUAGGUGGGCCUACUAGCGAUUUUUUGAGCGGGAAUAAGUUAAUGAUGAGACAGACGCUCGCUGUACACACCUCAAUCUUACCUCCCAUGCCGACGUUGUUGUAGUGGCAGAACAAAGCGAAGGCGAUCGGAGGUGGGACUGAGCGCGGUGGCUGAACAGCCGUCUACGCGUGUCACUUACUACUACUACUACUACUACUACUACUACUACUACUACUACUACUACUACUACUACUACUACUACUACUACUACUCCUACUACUACUACUACUACUACUACUACUACUACUACUACUAUUUCUGUCGCCGCCACCACUGCUGUUACUACGAUCACUACUACUUAUGUCAUCCCCACAGUGGUAAAUACUAUUUUGUCUUCUUCCUCUUCCCCUCUCCUUCUCUCCUUCAUGCCACCCUUCUUCCCUUUCUGGCUUUCUGUCCGCUUUUGUUUUCCCCCCACACAAAUUUACUUCCAUCUCAUGUACCUGGCCGCAUUCAACGAAUCCUGGCCCUCAUAUACGGUGAGUGACCGAUUUCACGAAAUGUCGGCCGAAACUCCGAAAUGCGCUUUCGAUUAAGAAGGAUUACUUGUGAUACUGAUUCUCUUGCGGCAUAAUCCUAUAAUAUUUCGGACUUUGCAGGAGGUCAGCUAUUGAAUGCACUUCUUUUCCGUUUCCUGCAAAAAGCGUACUCGACAACAAGAUCUACUUAAGUAGCAGGCAUUUUUCCCAUUGAUUUUCAAUGGUCUUACAAAUUCAAAAAUAUUUUUUAAAAAGCAUUAACAAAAAUAUGCUUUAUUUCACUCGAUUGAUGGAGAAUUACAUAGCUUUAUAUUUCAUGCUCGUAGAGGGAGUAUAAUUAGGUUUUAGAAAGUUUUCUAAUUCCCGAAUAAUUUGGAGCCUGAUCGGCCGUUGCGUUAGCGCUAAGUGAUUUCAUUCUGCGAGGUGCAUGCGUUCUGGGAAGAAAGCAUCACAUAUUCUUCUAUAUCUUUAAAAAAAUAUCAUAUAGAGUCCAUAAAAUUUGCAAUGGAUGCGGAGCAGUGGUAAACAGGCAGGUACGAUGCUGCAUGAACGGAAAUCGUAUGGUCUCAGAAAAUCUCAUAAUCAGAGUUUCUUAAACUCUAGUUAUACCCCUUCCUUGAGCAUAAACUACAGAGAUGACGUGAUUCUCUAUCAAACGCGUAAAAAUGAUAUUAUUGUUAACGCUUUUUAUAAAAUAUAUUCCAAUUUUUAAGACCAUCGAAAGUCAAGUCGAAAAAUGCGUGCUGCUUAUGUAGUCCCUUUUUGUCGAGUACGGUUUACGCAGGAAAUGGAAAAGAAGUGUAUUCAAUAGCUGACAUUCUGCCAAUUCCGAAAAAUUAUAGGAUUAUGCCGCAAGAUAAUCAGUAUUACAACCUCGCAUAAGUAAUCUUUCCUAAUCGAAAGCGCAUUUCAGAGUGUUGGCCAAUAGUUCUUGAAAUCAGUUACUCACUGUAGGUGAGAAUUAGAUAAAAGUCACAGCGAGAAGGAGCCAUUUCAUCUCCACGCUCAAGUCUGAGAAUGACAAGGUUAUCCGUUAACUGGUCGCCUCCCUAGCCACGUCUGAUGUACCGAUGCAAUUUCAAGCUUAUCAGAUUUAUUAUAGUGAGGAGUGCGCUAACGCGCCGUGAGGGUAAGGUUCGCCAGCGUCGUCCUCACCUUCCUUCCCUUUUUCCAUGUGCCAGUCGGAUGUCUGGGCCUGUAAAGCAACUGGUGUUGAGAUUGGCCGCAAUGGCCGACGGGACGUGAAAGUUCGCGCCAGUGGCCUGACUGAUAUAGGUAAGGCAGUAGUUGUGGCCUCGCAUGGACCCAAGACAGGCUGAGAAAAGAUUGCCGUGGAAUGGUCUGGUACCUGAGGUAAAGGUGGAUAUGGUAACCACAGGCCAUGGGUUUACUACCACGUCUCACGGUAUUUGGAGGUCGUCACUCAUGCUGACGUACUGUUAUCUCCAAGGCUCCGUGCGAGGCGCAGUGUCCGGGCUUGGUUUUUGUCGUAGUGAUGGCAACUAUCUUUCACGCCCCCCGCCCCCCAUCCAAGGACGACGCCCGGAGGCUAACGACCAUUGCCACUGUCUUCAUCGUCCACCUUUUUAUCUUAGUCCCGCGUUUGCGUUUAUGUAGCUUUUAAAGUCAGUGGUUGCCUCCUAAAACGGCCCAUGCGGUAGAUGCGCUGGACCAGCAGGGGUUAGAUGGGAGUCCGGCAGGCGUCAUCGGGAAUGCCCAACCAUAACAAACGUCAACAUCGGGGUGUUGUUACACGCCCAGUUGCCGGUUCACUCUGCACCAAUUAGGGUUCUUGCCACCCCCCUUUCGGCUGAUAAGCCAGAAGUGACCAUUCCAGCCUCCCUUCCCUUUGUCGGUAAUGUUAUUCUGAGUGUGGGUUUACGCCGUGCCAGGUAUUCGCGUCCUCUGUCGCGUUUGGUGUUCUUGACUCCGCCUUGACGCCGGGUGCAGGUGAGGGAAGAGGAGAGGAUGAGGUAGAUGCUGCGCAAGCACGCUAUAAUUACAAAUUGAUUCAUGUGCAAGCCACCGUCCCUGUCCUCAUCCUACUGUAGAGCACACAGCGGAGAUAGUCAAAAUCGACGGCCGAACUGUCGAUUGUCAUGUUAAUGUCCGCGACUCCGUUUAUAUCUAAUUAACGAUCGUGGCAGUCAAGGAUUCUCAUCUUUAACGGGUACUAGUCCCUUCCACUACAGGGCGUAGGUAGGUAAUGCUAUUUUGGAAAAUGACUACCUUGAUAACCCUGACGACUGCCGAGUUGCACAACAGGUCACGAUUUUAGUUUAACUGCUGGACGAUCCCAAUUGGCUUGUGUCGCCCACGGGGUUUAAGCUCAUCAUCUCUACAGGAGCUUAAGAGCGGGGUGGGUCAAAAUUGGUGGGAUUAAUGCCCGAGGCGAGAUGAAUGGUGAGGAUACUUUACACAUGGAAUCGUAAUAAGGAGAACUUGCGCAUCACCAACAUCACUCUCCCUUCCUGGUCAUAUUGUCAUCCAGUAACAAGACCACAUCAUGGUAACUGUCAGAAUAUUCGUGUUUGGUGGUUCGCUUAGCGCUAGCCUAGGUUUACCUCUGUUCCACAGACCACUCUACACGCUCCUGAUGCUGCAGCUACUCCUAAUGCUUGUAUUGCGAGUACUAUUGCUGACUAUACCACUGGUACUUCCCAUACCUCUAUUAUCCUCACCGCUCCUAAAAAUUCUACAAAGGUCACUUUACAAUGGAGGUGCUAUCUCAUGAAGUGUUAAAUGAAAUUAUGAAAUAUUUUUUUCCAUUCGAUUAUGCUACUUAAGCAGGGUUAUAAUAUAAAUUACGGUGCAGUAUAAUCCUUAGAUAUUUCAGUCACGCCAGGACGUCGGCUUUCGAAUGAGCUUCUUUUCGGCCGUCUGCAAGAAACGUCUACUAAAGCAGCACGCGUUUUCCGCUCAUUUUCGAUGGCCCUUAUAAAUUCAAAUAUAUUGCACAGAAAAAAUUCACAGAAAUACUCCUUUUUGUAUUCAUUUGGUGGCAAUUUGAUUUAUCUUCAUACUUUCUACUUCAAGAGAGAGAGAGAGUAUCUUUCGGGUAAAGUUCAUAUAGAACUCAAAAGAUUGUGCGACGGAUGUGGAUCGCGUUGUAUACUUUAUGAGUAGCACUAAUAAACGUUCUGAUGCGAUACUGCAUAAGUUGACAUUUCACGUUCUCAAAAAAUUUCAUAAUCAGGAACCUUUAAAGACAAAAGAUACUCUCUCUUUCAGCGGACAAUUUAGAGAAGAUGCAGUUUGCUACCAAGGGAUUAAAAAGAAAAUAUUCUACGCAUGUUUUCUAUAAAGUAUAAUGGGCAUCGAAAAUCAAUGAGCAAAAUGCACACCACCUAGACAGUCAUUUUUUACAGGGCGCGGAUUUCGCAGACGGCCUAAAAGAGGCUCAUUCAGCAGCCGAUAUCCUGGCGUGGUUGAAAUGCUGAAAUGUCCGAAUCGAAAACAUAUUUCAGAAUUUCGGUUGACAUUUCACGAGUUUGCACAUCUACUGUCAGUACUUGUAGUACUUUCAGUCCACUGUUGGUAAUCCUGGUCCGUACACCAUUGUUACUGCCACUAGUGCGGUAAUGCUACAAUCAGUACUGUUGUCGUGUUACUACAACCAGUACUACUCAUGUUUUCAGUAAAUUAAAUAUUGCUGUUAUGUAUUCGGCCUUUUCUGUCAUCGCGUUUACCCUGAUAAUAGCAACACCCAUCAGUAUAACUACAGUAACCAUUGAUGUUUUUACUCUUUUUAUUACCUUUAACCACCCUAGAGCUAUAGCUACUACUGUUAGAACUGCUGAUAUUAAGAGCGUUUUUAUCGCUUUGGGUAAUAUUACCUCUGCUAUUAAUGCUAUUGCGUUCGCCAUCAAUGCUUCUAUUCAUAAUUCACUUACCAUAAAUAAUUAUAUGUAUAAUUUUGACCAGAACUGGUGCUGGAUUCUACCCAUUAAGGCUGCUGGUACUACCACCGUUAAGGGUUCCGUCACUAUAUACAAAUCGCAGCUUUGCGACCUCAGCGUCAAUAAUGCUUCCGGAGGCUCUACUGUUUUACACUUUAGGAUAUUACUACCCACUUGAGCUCUUUUCUCACGGGCCCGGAUCCGUCCACUCAAACUCUCUGGCCACCCCCACCAACAUAGUAAUCUCUGGACGGACAAAGUAGCAAUAGAGUGCACAUCCGCCUUGCGAUACCGACGUUGCUUCCGGCCUAAUAAUGCCGUCCGCGCGGACGCAGCAUACUCUCUAGUAGGCGGAGAGGUUGAAAGUUGAUGUCAGGAAACUUUUUGCUUCUAGAAACUAGACUACGCCCUGGGCCUGUAAAUCUUCCGCGGACUCCACAACAGGCGGAUAAAACCACCGGCAGCGGCGAAAGUCUGACUUCUUGAGGUUUUGACCAUAAUAAAUUAUUUGUGAUCAGUUCUCAUCUGACACAGAGGAUGCGUUUCCCCGAAGCAAGGAGCUGCAUAAGUAAGAAUUUGCCGGAGUCGUCACCGCCACCGUUGUGGUUAGGAUCGGGCUCGAUCGCAUUACGUCUGCCAGUAGCAAGCGGACAGAAGAGAUCGAGCAAGAUCUUAAUCACAAUAGUGAGGGUGACGCGUUUAUUUUACAGGCUUAUAUGCCUCACUUCAUAAAGCCUAUGGCAUACUGGUGAUUGGCAACGACCGUGAAACAGUUGUCUGCGUCUGGCCUGUUGGACUCUUAGUGAACUGUCGACGUAUUAUUGCGCUCUAAGUGUACGUGUAGCACUCUGAUUGGUUGAUCCAGUGCUCACUGAACUAGUGACCAAUCUCGGGCAGUUUUAAGGUUGUGCGCGGAAACAUGAACACCCUCUUAUUACAAAUGGCUUUGCCCUAAAUUCCAAGGUGGUACUUAAAGUUAUACUUAGAGUUGUUAUAAGGGUUGAGAGGUUUGGGUUUGGGCGGGGUUAGGGUUGCAGUUAGAAGACGGGAAUAGGAAUUCUAUCCUGGAAUUUAGCGCGAGACAGAGGACCAUAUUCCCACUUCCAACUGGUUUUAAUUACCUAAAAUGAAUUUCUUCCCUCUCCAAAUUAGAUUAAAGCUCGAUUCGGAAAGGUCGUAGUUGGUAGCCAGGCAUUACACGGUAAUACUGUCGACGUACGUACUUGUUAUUCGUAGGUGUGCUUACCUUGCUUAGGGCACUUGUUAGCAGUAGGUGUGCUCUUACUGAGCUAGGCAGGUCGCCCGUUUCGGUCAGGCUCUUGGGUUUAGUGAGGGUUAGGGUUAGGCGUAGGUUAAGUUUUACGAUUAGGGUUUGCGUUUUAGGGUCAGGUUUCAUUGUUAGGGUUUAGGUUCACGUUAGGGUUGUCGUGACCAGGCGGUGCGUAUAUGGUCUGUGUGCUACCGUCACCGGGUCAGAUGCCAAGUUGAAGGAAGACGGCUGAAGGGACCGGAAUGAGGGGUUUGUUGUGCACAGAACCCAGAGUUGUCCUCUCAGGCGACAGUGGCCACUGGCGAAGCCAGGACUGGUGUUGACUGCGUCCAGUCAGGCCUGAGAGUCCCUGAGAUAGUGGUGGCAGCCGUUUUUGUAGGCUCGUGGGCCAAGCUCAAGUGGUGUCCCAGUGGCUUGUUUUGCUGGUUGCAGGAGGUGGCGCGUUCAAGUGGCCGCAUGGGCAGCUGCGACUGCGCCGACGCAGGUAUGCCCGAGCUGUUGAUCGUGUGACUUCAGGUCAGCUCGUCUGGGACGGCUCGCUGCAAGGGGUAAAUAACCUUGAGGCAGCGAGGUCUUGAAAAAUGACGCCAGACCGGCCAUGGUGGCUGGCCACUACAGGGUUACGGCUAAGGUUAAGUUUAGGGUUAAAGUUAUGCUUAAGGUUAGGGUUAAGAUUAGGGUUAGGGUUAAGGUUAGGGUUAGGGUCAAGUUUAGGGUUAGGGUCAUGGCUAGGUUUUGGGUUAGCGUUGGGUUUUAGGAUUUUGGUUACGUUUCGGUUUUGAGGCUUAGGGUUGGGCUUUACGGUUGCGUUCAGGAUUGGAUUUUAGGGUUAAACGUAGGGUUUAGAUUUCUGCCAUUAUUCUACCCACUUAAACCUUCCCUGGUAAGUAUUCUUUUACCCGCACAUUUUACCAUUCCUCUACCGGCCCUUCCACUUACCCCAACGAUAUAACCCCAUUUCCCACCAUUCCCGUACGACAGGGACCUUGUUGUCCAUCUCUCCAUUCCUUGCUACCAACUGCGAUCUAACCCUCGAUUCUAGGUUAAGAACCAUCUUGGAAUGACAGUGUUUCCUGAAUUCCCUACAACCUUUUGAAUCAAUACUUUUGACACUACGCAGUUCCGUAUUUUGCACAAUGUCGAAAAUGUCUUAUCACACAGAGAACAAGUGAAUCGAAAACGUGAACUUUUGCCUGUCAACGUAUUUUCACUUAUCACAAAAUGCAGUCGAGCAAUACACGCCAAAAAGCAGUUGACCGCAUCGAGUAUUUUGCCAGGCUUUUUAUGCAGGAAUCAUAAUUGCCUCUAUCCAACUUGUGUUACAGCGCCAAGCGGAAGUAAGAUGGGGAAUAUGAUUGAAUUACUUAAAGCUGAUAUAAAACGAGGUGACACUUAAUCUAGUUAGAAGACACCGGUUAAUUAACUUAGCCCAAGAUCUCUAGAGUCGAGGAUUUACGAUCUCUCCAAUUCAUAAGAGUGAAGAUUUUCCCUUUGGUUUUCGUGGGUUGGAGUGUGUUUCGAAGACUCCCGUGGUUCAUUCAAGCGGAACUGACUUAGGUAGUGGCAAGUGAUUGUAUAUGGCGUGGGAGAACACAAUCAAUCGAUUGCUCUCAUACCGGAAAAAAUCCAUGCAAUCUGCCCUUGUCUUAAAACUGCCACACACCGGGCUGCAUGAAAAGCUAAGUGUUACCGUACUUCUUCCCCGCAGAUUUGGCUGUGUCGGUGGCGUACUACGUGUGGAUGCGGGUCGUCGCUGCUCCACCGGUGACGGCAAGUUCUUCUUCCGCUGUUCGCCCACCAAGGGUCAGCCAGUGGACGCCCUUGGAGCUCAGAUCCGACAGCUUGCUCUGGAGGCCAAGCAACGCCUUCGUCAAGAGCAGGCCGCCAAGGGACAGGCUGCUUUCACCAAGACGGUGCCCAACGGUUUUACCACAGCCAUCGACUAUCCUGGCGUCGGCGCCAGCUCACGACCUCCGCCAAUUCCGCCCAAAUCCACUCACGACGUCGUUGGGAAUGAAAAAUGGAGGCGGACGAGUUCAACUUCUCGGCCCGUUCUCCCACCGUCACCAUUACCACAACUCCCUGCCGAUGUUGUCAAGACGGAGAGUGCUGAUUUUCGGGUGAAUCAGGGUUCAUCGGGUCGUUCAACCCCAGCGGCCGUAUCCGAUCGUGUCCAGGAGACCGAGAUUGAGGCGGUGGGGAAUGAUGGGCGCCUAGAGUCAACCGAGGGACAGACAAAGUGUGGAACUACUGGAGCUGUGGAAACAUCGGAGAAGAAAAUGCAAGCGGAGGCGGAUCCCGGGGGUGUGUUCAUUGCGUCUCCGGGAAAAGCCGUAAGUUGGUGUUUACUGAUUGUGCGACGAAGUUUAUCUAGGUCAAGUAUAGCCCUCUUCGCAUGGAGAGUGGGUAGAAUAACUUUAUGAGCUAGUCUUUAUUAUUUGUAAACUCGUAAAAAUAAUGUCGGAAGAGCAUUUGCGUGAUGCAUUAUUAUCAUCAGUGGAAAGUCCAAUCAUUUCCCACAGCCGGAUGCCGGCUUUCGAACGAGCUUGUUUUCGGCUGCAUGCAACAACCAUACUCUGUAACAAUGACUACUUAAGUAGCAUCCAUUUUUCUCGUCAAUUUUCCAUGACCUUAAAAAUUCAAUUAUAUUUCAUUGAAAACAUGCGCGAAAUAUUCAUCCUCUCGUUCAUUUGGUAGAAAAUUACCUCUUCUUAUUUUAUACUCGAAGGAAGGGCAUGAUUUAGUUUUAAAAACUUCCUAAUUGUGAGAUCUUUUAAUACCGUGAAAUGGCCCUCAUGUAAGAGAACUUAAUCAUUUAUAUCGAUCGUUGCGUCCAGAACCCCGAGCCAUAUUAAUUGAGGAUGGCGUUUAUAUUUACAAUCUUAAUUCUUAGAGAAAUCAAAGGUGAAAAUGCAUCAUAAACAACUGGCAUUCAAAUCUUAUUAAAGACUGAGCUAUAAUUUUCAAACGAAAAAGGGCUUGUGACAAUACAGUCGAAAAAAGAGAUGAUCACACCUGUCUGGGAAAGCUCUUGUAUUGUGAUUUCACCGAAACUUUCAGCCACAUCUCCUUCUCAUCGUUUCUCACUCGUGACUUUUACACUUGCUCUGACAAAAUAUCGCUGUGACAAUUUGGUUUAGGUUUUGCUGUUUCCACGCCCUGUUCGAGUCGGUGAGUCCAUGAACGACAGAAAACAGUUUUUUCGUUAACUUACGUUGAAGCAUAAAAAAGGCUAGCUACUGGUGGUCUCGGCGAACACCCUUAUCUGUUUGCGUUCCCAAACAUGCCAAUCUGCAUUAGCAAAUGGCGGAACGAGUGCUGUAAUCACAGCACCACCCUUGGUUGGUAUACAGUUUAAAAUGGCUACUAACUUUUAUGAGUAGGCGUUGUAUAUUUUUAUGAAUAUAAUGUAUUCAUCGGCAGACUAUGGAGACCAACGCUGAUGCCUCUGCUAACGAUCAAUGCCAGGCCGGUCUCUACGACAACGUUGCGCCGCCGGAACUCCCCGCCCCUGGAGCCAAUUUUGUUAGCGACUUUGACGCAACCCUGCCCUCGAGGCAACGCUCCUCCCGUGACCCCCGUAUAAGGACCUCACAGUCGGGGACCCCAAGUCAGUCUACGGCAGCAUACCUGAAAGACAAUGCAGAGCCAGGUCUCAAAGCCUCCUCCACAUAUGGGGGAAAUUUUACGCAUCCAGCAUCUGUGGCGUCAAUGCCCGCGACGACUUUAGUGAGUUUUCGUUCUGCCAGCACAGACCGCGUGCAAAACGGGUCUAGUCUUGGAGGCAGAAUCAACGACGGGGUAGGGACAGGCUCGUCACGCGAAUUCGGCUCCCCUACCUCCCCGAAAAUUGGGGGUUUCUUUCCCCUGCGACCCGGAAGCUUGGCUGCUCGACGCAUAGGUGAGUUGAAUUACCUCUUUAGUAAGCACAAAUUUGCGUCGGAUUAAGUCAAUCAAGCUUAUCAACACGGCUUCAGGCCUAAUGUAAAAGUAAACUGUGCCACUUAUGACAGUAAGCAGAGGCCUACAACUCAUAAUGGAUAAGUAGUCAGAGGUUGCAGUUUCAGGCCAGGUUUCUUUCUUCUUCCUCUUCUUCUUCUUCUUCUUCUUCUUCUUCUUCUUCUCGCCUUCUCGAUUACUGAGCCGUGGCUGAUUUUUGAUCCACUCUAUUUUUCCCAGAAAAUGCGAAAAAUGGCAUCGCAACUAAUGGCGUCAAUACGAAUGCCAGCGACCGUCAAUUCGGCUACGAUCUAUCAACGCCUAUAUCACCGACUGACUCCUCGGCCGGGUCCUCUUUCUCGGGGACACCCAACCAACCCAUACAACCAUCAGGCCUUGGGGGAUCAGAACGCGCCAAUUCAGAAUUACGGCGCAUCUCCUUCACAAGUGAGCUCUCCAGUGUCAAUCUGAAGGGCCUGGAUGACGUGCUACAGGAGUUGCGCGAUGCCAACGCAAAUGUGACGGCCGCAGUGCAAGCGGCCGCGCGCAAUCGACGCUAUCAAGGCUUCGCGUCCUCCAGCAGUGCCAGCCAGUCACCGCCGUCGCGGAAUACCCUACCGACGACCUUGUGGACGCCAAUGAAACGCGAGAGCUAG